AUGGCGUUCGUAUACCGGACAGGCAGGGAGCUGGGGGAGCCGCGCACGGCGGGCGACGCCGGGCCCGGCUCCUAUGACCUGGUGUCGCCUCCAGUGCCUGCACGGACUUCUCCCGCACCCUUCGGGUCGAGGCGACCGAAGUCGUCCAUCCUGUUGAAGACCAGUCUUCCAGGUCCCGGAACGUACGACUCGGCGGAGAAGAUCGCCCGGGCGAACUGGAAGACUGACAAGCGGCCCACGUCGGGCGUGGCCAGCAGCGCGUUCCGCAGCGAGACGGUGCGGCUGGUGGCACAUGAGCGCAACGUGGACAUGCCAGGGCCCGGCACGUACAAGGACGGAGACGGCUGGAUCAAGAAGUCGCACCGGUACGACCCGACGGUGCUCGGGCCGGAGUUCCAGUCGUCGGGGCGGGCGGACGUGACCGGCGGCCAGAGCAGUCCGCGGCGCGUGGACUUCACGAAGCGCGCGCCCGUGCCGAGUGUGCCGGACCGCUUCAGGAGCUAUGGGUACGAGGAGGACGAGUACGGCAACCUCGUCGCGCAGAUCCCCGAGGGACUCAUGACCGGUACGGGGGUUGACCGGCCAGGACCCACGAGCUAUAGACCGAAAGUUGACGUUCUCAAGACGAAGAAAACAACGGACUUUGGGAAGGCUCGUAACGACAGAAGUUUGUUCAAACCACAGACGACCCCAGGGCCGGGCGCCUACGACGGAGCGGAACCCGACCCCGACGUCCAGGCAGUCGUGCCUGCGAUGCGGCUGAAGGGAUGGGAGCGGCAUAACGCGUCGGUGGAGGCAAUCAAGGGGACACACAUGUUCCGCUCGUCGAUCGACCGGUUCCACCGCUCCACGACGGCUGCGCCGCCCUCCACGGCGUACAACCCCAAACUGACCGACGGCUACACCUCCAAGCGCGUGGCUGCGUUCCUGACCACGGGGGCGAGACCUUACCAGAAGGAUGCCACCAAACUUCGAGGAGGCCCAACGAACAUGAAGAACCCAGGCCCUGGAACAUAUAACUACAAGUCUGGCAUGGCCCGUGACAAGCGGCAAGCGUUCACCUCUACCGUCCCAAGGUUUGCGCCAGGGCGAGUCACAAGCCCCGGGCCGGGCACCUACGAGAACGCGGAGACCACGUCGCUGGCACACAAGGUGCAAAGCAAGGUCGGGAGCAUCGCGUCAGACUUCUGCACCAAGGGACAGCGCUUUGGCUCGAGCCACUUCCUGGUGCAAGGCGCAUCGCGGAGUCCAGGGCCAGGGAGGUAUGACUUGGACAUCCCCAUACUCGUGCAAACCUACAAGACACAAACGAAGCCCAGCAGUGCGUUCCACAGUCAAGUUGACAGGUUCAAGAGCGAUCACGAGGUGUUGUACAUCAAGGACGAGCGCUCGGGCCUGGAGGUCGAGUACAAGAAGCCGACGCCGCACCCCGCCACCUACUCGUUGCCGGACCAGUGGACCAAGGUCGCGAAGAGGAACCCCGUGAAGGGACGGCCAGACGACCACUUCCUGUGCUCCUCGCAAAGGUUCCCCGCGAACGAGCUGACCGCCGGACAGAAAAUCAGCCGGGUGCCGGGACCGGGCGAGUACGACCCGCGCAGCGCCGUCACGAGGACGAUGAGCCCCACCGGGCGCGGCUUCGGCGUGGGCGAGCGGCUGAAGACGAAGGAUGCGCCGGGGCCAGGCCCGGCGGCAUACAACACCCGCAAGCGCGGCAGCAUGAUCACGAAGAGUUUCAAUGUCACGUACGACUAG